AUCACGGACAAAGAGACCGGCAAGAAGCGGGGCUUCGGCUUCGUGUAUUUUGAAGACAACGACUCGGCCGAUAAAGCCGUGGUGCUCAAGUACCACGUUAUUAACGGGCAUAAAGUGGAGGUGAAGAAAGCCCUGACCAAGCAGGAGAUGCAGGCCGCCGGUGGCCGUGGCGGCCGCGGAAGGGGGAUGGGAAGACCGCAGAACGGCUACGGCGGGCGCGGCAGCGGAUACGGUAACUACAGCGGCGGCUAUGGAGGCAAUGACGGCUACGGUGGCGGGUAUGGGGGAGGCUACGGGGACCAAAUGGAGGGCUACGGCGGUGGUAACGGCUACAAUGACUUUGGCAGCGGCUAUGGCCAGCAGUCCUCUGGUUAUGGCCCAAUGAAAGGUAAUUACUCGGGCAGAAGCAACGCUCCUUACUCCCGAGGAGGAGGAGGUGGUGGUGGUGGUUACGGCAGGGGGGGUUACGGA